AUGGCGGAAACCUCUGCUCUCUGCUUCACCUUCGCUUCCUCUUCUCUCUCCUCCAUUUCUCGGUCCAAGGAAACCUCUUCUUCCGUCUCCGCCACGCCUCUUAAUUGGAUUUCUAGUUUUUCUCUCUCUCGUCCUCAAUCCUCACGACAAUUCUUUCGUUUAGCUGCCAAAGGUUCCAAUUCUGGCAAUUUUCUUGGUGACGACGCUUUUGGGUUCUAUCCUUGGGAAUCCUCUGAUGGAGAGAGUGCCAUACAAUGGGUUCCUGAGGAGAGAGUCACAUUGUUCACCACUGAUGGACUCAUCCAGAUAGGAGGCUCUCUGGUCCCUCGACGUAUUCCUUCUUUGCAUAAGAAGCAGGGGAAAGGAAAAACAUCUCAAAGACUUCAACGUUUCCAAGAGAGUAACUACAUGGAUCCCAACCAGGGGUUGUGUUUGGGUGCACUCUUUGAUAUUGCAGCGACCAAUGGACUUGAUAUGGGCAGAAGGCUUUGCAUAUUUGGCUUUUGCCGUUCCAUUGAGAUGCUGAGUGAUGUUGUGGAAGACACUGUUUUGGAACAUGGUGGGGAGGUUGUUGCAGCAGAGAAAGCAAGCAAGGGUGAUUUUCAUGAAAGGCUUACUAUGACCGUUGCAGUGCCACUACUUUGGGGGGUUCCUCCUGCUUCUGAAACACUCCACUUUGCUGUUCGAAAUGGUGGAGGUAUUGUAGAUAAGGUCUACUGGCAAUGGGACUUCCUGUAG